CUCUCCACAAUCUUUCACCUCUGCACCCGUAAACCCUAAUUUCUCAACAAGAAGCCGGCGGCGCUGCACAACCACCGAUUCCAAAAUGAAGACAAUCCUCUCAUCGGAAACAAUGGACAUACCAGACGGUAUCGAAAUCAAAGUGAAGGCCAAAAUCAUCGAAGUGAAAGGACCACGAGGAACCCUAACUCGCAAUUUCAAGCAUCUGAACCUCGAUUUCAUGCUUAUUACUGAUGAGGAGACCGGAAAACGGAAGCUCAAGGUUGACGCGUGGUUCGGAUCCAGGAAGACCACCGCUGCGAUCCGUACGGCGCUCAGUCAUGUUAACAAUUUGAUUAUUGGUGUGACUCAAGGGUUUAGGUAUAAGAUGCGGUUUGUGUAUGCUCAUUUUCCGAUUAAUGCUAGUAUUACGAACAAUAAUUCGGCGAUUGAGAUCAGGAACUUUUUAGGUGAAAAGAAGGUUAGGAAGGUUGAUAUGCUUGAAGGAGUUACCGUUGUGAGAUCCGAGAAGGUUAAGGAUGAACUUAUCCUAGAUGGAAAUGACAUUGAACUUGUUUCGAGAUCAUGUGCUUUAAUCAACCAGAAAUGUCACGUGAAGAACAAAGAUAUCCGAAAGUUUCUUGAUGGUAUCUACGUGAGUGACAAGGCAAAGAUAGACGAGGGUGAAAAUUAAGUUUGAUAGGUAGUUAAAAUCCAUCUUGUUGUUUGCUGCUUCCGUAUCAUUUUCGGGUUUUUUUUUAAAGAUUUUUACCAGAUUUUGUGUUUUGGAUGUUUUAUUACUAUUUUAUCGACAUUUUGGUCUUGUUUUGCAUGUAUUGCUUGUCACUUCUGAAGUAAUUGUUUUUCUCUACUA